GUUUACAAUUGCAUGGUCAACUACUGUUCUGCCUCUUCCAUGGACAUCACUAUGAGAUAUUCAACACCUUCUACAAGUCUUCUGGUUGCAAGUAGAGAUCAUGAUUACCUUCAACUCCCCUUUACAGAAUAUAUUGUAGACAGAGCACUGUGUGUAACUCCAGAAAAAGCAGAGACAAUAGAGAAAACUACAAAGUUACAAACUAAAAGCAAACAAUGGUUUGAUGAAAGAAAAUGGAGAUUAACAGCAUCCAGGUUCGGAGACAUUGCAAAAAUGACUUGCCGCAGAGACACACGAAAACUUUGUUCGAGUUUAUAUCAAACAAAUUCAAUUUCUACUUCACCUAUCAUGCAUGGUAGACAAUAUGAAAACAAAGCUAUAUGUAGAUUUGAGGAAAUUUCUGGUCUCAAAGUUCAAAGAUGUGGGCUGUUUGUAUCUUUGGAUUAUCCAUUUCUUGGUGCAACACCAAAUAUGUUAGUAGACAAUGAUGCCAUUAUUGAAGUUAAAUGUCCUUAUACUGGUAGAAAUGAGGAAAUCAAACCUGGGAAGAAAUUCCCAUUCCUUGUUGAAUUAUCUGAUGGCACUGUUACACUUAAACAAUCUCAUAAAUAUUAUGAUCAAGUGCAAGGACAGCUCUUUCUUUCCAAGAGAAAAAUUUGUCAUUUUGUUGUGUUUACUUUCUGUGAUAUUUUGAUUCUGAAGGUUCAGUGUAAUGAUGAUUACUUCAGGUUCAGUUUGCUGCCAAAGUUGGAAAUGUUCUACAAGAAACACUUUAUACCUUAUGUUGCUUCUUGUUUAUAAUUUUACUAAAUAAGAUUUUGACAUUCAGAAUAUAUUGUACAAUGUACAUGUUUCAAGAGAUGACGCAAUGUAACAAAUUCAAGCUCCCACUUUUAGAGGAUUCUUGAAAGGGAAAAUUUACAUUAAAACUCUUUGUAUAUCAAGGUUGUAAAUUUGGCAAUG